AUGGCGGAGGGCUUGGUACACAGAAGCGAAGGAGAGAACCUCUGGAAGACAGGUCUUAAUUAUUUCAAGGAGUUAGUAUCGAGAUCGUUUUUUCAAGAAUCAAGCAGCAACAGUUUGUGGUUCUCGAUGCAUGAUCUUCUGAAUGACCUUGCAAAGUCAGUUGCUGGCCCGACGCACUUUAGCUCACGGGGGUUUGAGUCAGAGAGCAAUGAGAGUAAUGCAUCUUCAGCUCGUCACGCAUCCUUCAUUUCGAGCUACGGAAUUGCAUCCGAAAGACUUACCGUGUAUCACAGAAUGAAGCGACUAAGAAGCUUCAUCUCAUUGCAACCGCGACCCAGGAAGUUCGCGAUGUUGCAUUUGUCCCAAAGCGUGCUAGGUGACUUGCUGUUGGACUUGAAGUAUUUGAGGGUGUUUUCGUUGAGUCAUUAUUGCAUCAACGCGAUACCAGACUGUGUAGGUAAAUUGAGGCAUCUGCACUAUCUUAAUUUAUCUUACACUGAGAUUGAAAGGCUUCCUGAAUCCAUCGGUGGGCUGUUCAACCUAGAGGCUUUGAUAUUACGGGGUUGCCCAUACCUUGCUGGAUUGCCUCAAGGUGUUGAGAAGCUGAUUAGUUUACGAUAUCUCGACAUUCGAGAAACCCGGAGCCUACAAACCAUGCCACGACGUAUAGGUAACUUGGUGAAUCUUGAGAUUUUGUCCAAGUUUAUAGUGGGAACAGAGAACGGGCGGAGGUUAAAGGAGUUAAAACACCUUGAGCAACAGGGGGAACUGUUAAUCUCUGAGUUGCAUAGGGUAAAAGACGCUGGAGAUGCUAAGGAUGCUAAUCUACAUAUGAAGCGUGGAAUUGACCGGUUAAUCAUGAAAUGGAGCGAACCCCUUGUAGAUUCGCGGAACGCAGAGCUUGAAAUGAAGGUCGUUGACUUUCUUCAGCCUCAUAAAGACCUUCAAGAUCUCACAAUCUCCUACUACAGCGGCAUUGAAUUCCCUUUCUGGUUGGAAAUCCAUCGCAUCUCAACAUGGUCUCUUUGCGCUUGUGUGGCUGUUGUAAUGUCGGAUCAUUACCAUCACUCGGGCUGCUAUCCUCCUGAAAGAACUGCACAUCGAAGGUCUGGAUGCUGUGACUGGACUCAUUUUAAUGGCGCCGAAGAAAUAGAAGUGCCGUUCCCUUGUCUUCAGCAUCUAAUGGUCCGCAAUUGUCCCAUGUUGAAGGGACGAUUGCCCGAAAAAAUAGAUGCCCUUGUGAGGCUUGAUAUCGAUUCAUGUCCGCUUCUGGAUGCCUCACCUGCCGUUAGUCUUUCGUCUCUCCGCGAGCUAUACUUCAGAGGUUGUAACGAGGUGACUUUUAAGAGCUUAGUUAACAUGACUUCUCUCACCACUCUUGCUGUUGAAAAUGUCGAGGGGCUCGCUUGCUUUCCUCUUGGGUACACAAGCUUCUCGACCAAGUUAGAGAAGUUAGAGGGAGUGAAGUCACUGGCGGAGAUAGUUUCAGACUUGGGCCACCAACACCACGUCCAGUUGCUUGAAGAUGUAAGAAUUUUCUAUUGUGAGCAAUUGGGAAGCUUGCCUCGGAGCCUGCACAAGCUCUCCCACCUCACUCGCUUGACGAUAUUUGGGUGCGCCGCUCUGGAGCUGGAGCACUUCCCUCCACUUCCUGCCAGCGUAUCCGAGUUCAGCCUAUGGAGUUGCCCGAAUGUAAAGUCUCUACCUGAUAAAUUGCAUCACCUCACAUCCCUCCGGAGCCUAUAUAUUGUCGAUUGCGAGAACAUCAAAUGCUUUCCCAGGGGAGGGUUGCCUCCCAAUAUAGAGACCUUCGAGGUGAGGGUCUGCGUGAACAUGGAGCAGCAUGUGGGAGAGUGGGGCUUGCACACACUCGCGUCGCUCCAAUCUUUAUGGAUCGACGGGAGUGUUGGCGGACUUGGAGAUAUGGUGUGCUUUCCUCCAGAGGGUGACGGCAAUGAUCAUGAUCUCCUCCUUCCUCUCUCACCUAUCUUAAUCUCUCCGACAUGA